GGGAGACAGCGCCUAGCCGACCAGCAACUCCCGGAGACAGCCGACAGUCCCCACUCUCGAAUCCCGCCGCCGCCACCGUCGCCGUCGCCGUCGCCGUCAAUGGAUGAGCUGCGGCGGCCGCCCGAGUUCGACCACAUGUUCACGGACGAGGCGUGGGCCAGCAUGACCCAGGACACGCGGCGUCGGAUCGUCGACAUCUCGUGCCGGGUGGAAGAGGAGCCCACCGAAGAGGAGCGCCGCAUCCACGAUGAGCUCAUCGUCGGCGGCGGCAGCAUCAGUUACCCCCCGACCCCUCCCUCCUCCCCGACGAUUUUGAGGGCCCAAUUGAGUCACUUGGCCGUCCGUGGAGGAUCUUCAUGGAUCCCGGUGCUGUUCGUGAGGUCUUGAAAUCCGCAGAAGAAUAUCACUGGCAAAUGGAGCGACGUGACAGGGAAGGGGUGCUGCAAGGGCUGCAUUACGCUGAAAGUGAUGGAUGUAGCACCUCUGGCACCGAGGAUGUGCUGCUAUUCGACCAGUUGAUGGGUGUAGUAGAAGAGCUCUCUGGGCGUGUAGCGACUAUGGAGAAGAAACAGGCUUCCUCCAUCGACAAAGUCAAAUACCUACGUGGAGAAAAUGGCAGGUUGCUGAAAAAAGUUGUUGAGCUGAAUGGCACUGUGAAGGGCUUGAAUUCUCAAAUAGACCCUUUACCCCGAGAUGAUUCAGUAAACCAGUUGAUUAAACAGUGUUUGGGUUCAGACGUCAUUUAUCUUGUUGGUGGUCUAGAUGACAUGUUUUGUCCAUCGUCACUAGGUUUCUCAUGCUUUUCGCCCUCCCUGGACGUACUAAUACCUAUGAAACCAAUGCCUGAUGAAAGGCUUUUUAAUUCUACUGUUGCCUUAGACAACAGAAUAUUUGUUCUGGGCGGUGCUGAUCAUCCGUAUGGAAGCAGCAUUGAUGCAGUUUGCUGUUAUGACACAACCUCUGAUGAUUGGACCCUAUGCCUACCAAUGAUCCGUGCAAAGGCAAACCUUGCCGGAGUUAGCUUGUGUGGGAAAAUCUAUGCAUUUGGUGGUGGAGAUGGUUCAAAAUCUUUUCAUGAUGUUGAGGUCUUCGAUCCUGCAUAUGGGAAGUGGAUAAAGAAUCAGCCUAUGCUGAGAAAGCGCUCUGCUCUAGCUGGUGUGGAACUCAAUGGUGCGAUUUAUGCGGUUGGUGGAUAUGAUGGUAUUGAAACUUGGAGCUGCGCUGAGAGACUUGAUCCUAGGGAACCUCACUGGAAAAUGCUCCCAAGCAUGAAUACACAAAGAUGCUUCCAUACGCUGGCAGUUCUUGAUGAGAAGAUAUACUCGAUUGGUGGUUACAAUCCUGAGGCUAGAGCAGGGGUGGCCACUGUUGAGCUGUACGACCCAAGGAUGCCAUCAUGGGUGGCAGUCAAACCAAUGAAGUAUUCCAAGGCGUGCCAUUCUUCAGCCGUGCUUGGUGGCUCGAUAUUCACAUUCGGUGGCCUGGAAGAUCCAGAACAGAACAUCUUGGACGUGGUAGAGUGCUACAGCGAAGGGUGUGGUUGGGUGAAUACAGCGCUCAAGUCAAUCGGCAGGAGAAGCCAUUGUUCUGCCAUUGUCUACUGAAUUGGUUGCAGAUGCUUUACAGUGGCCCAGCAAGUCUACUUGGUAGUAAUGCAUCAGAAAGUUUCCUAUGUGUACUGAAAACUGGAGUGAGCUCAAUUUGGCAAAAGCCCUUUUUUUUCUGCAAGGGAGGAAACUCUAGUCCCCCUAAUCCAAUUUCAGAGCCCAGUCCGAGCUCCUAUCUUAUCUGAAACAAAAGCAAGAGGCAGCGCAUGGUGAACACCAAAAGUAUUUUGCUCUAGAAUUUUCCCUAGCUUAGGGUUUUCUACCUAACAGUAUCUUCCUAUGAUUACCUUGGUUAUCCAAGAACCAUUUUCUCAAAGUAAACAGCUAGGAGAAGCUUGAAAUAUGGCUAAGGGAGAUGUUUGGAACACAGUUUAAUUAUGAGGAAUAAGUGUAAUAGUGUCUCAGUUUUGUAUUUGAUUGGCUUCUCUGA